ACUUUUAUGUAACCAUCAACAAAAAUAACUAGAUCUAUUAUAUCUGGCCAUUUCCUGCCUAAAGCCUACGUCUUCUUUUAAUUCAGUGUUUUAAUCAUUCCAAAGAUCUAUAUAGAGCUUUUAGAUUUAUAAAUUCUAGAUUUGGAUCACUAAAUGGAAACCCAGAUGGAGCACAAGAACAGUGAAAUUUGGCGAGAUAUAAAUGAGCCAAAUCGUGGCUACUUAGUUGUGUUAUUAUCCACAUUUCUAUUCUACUGUGUUUCUCUACUGGCACAAUAUCUACAAAUCAGUUCUGUGGCAGAAAAAUCAAAAUGGAAGUGGAAAAACAUUUCAGUCUCUUUCAUUCAUUCAUUAAUUAGCAGCAUCUGGUCAGUUUUGUGUUUUUUUGAAAGACCAGAUAUGGCUGAAGAUCUGAUCACAACAUACACCACUCUAUCACAUACUCUUAUAGCUUUUUCUGUGGGCUACUUUCUGUAUGAUUUACUUGAUCUUUACAUGAGCAGACGAUCACGCCAGUCACUCGAACUGAUAGGCCAUCAUUUUGUUAUUAUUACAUGCUUCAUGGUGGCAGUGGGAACUCGACACUAUGUGGGCUACGCUGUCGUGGCCCUGUUGGUGGAGAUCAACAGCAUCUUUCUUCACCUGCGGCAGCUUUUACAGAUAUGUGGAGUCAGUAAAUUGAACUCUUGGUCUCGUGUAAAUAGUUUUGUCAACUUGGGAACAUUUAUAGUUUUUCGUAUCCUGCUUUUGGCCUGGAUGACAAGAUGGCUGGUCAUCAACAAAGACUCAGUGCCUUUGCUAUUUUACACCCUGGGCAGCGUGGGAUUGGCGGUGAUGGUGGCUAUGAAUAUUAUUCUCUUCUACAGACUCCUCCGCUCUGAUUUCAUCGCCUUAAAGGGAAAUGAAAGUGAUGUGAAGAAGACUUCGUAGGAGGACAUUUAACUUGAUCCAGGUGUAUGUAUAUAUAUAUAUAUAUUCUGUAUAAUUAUAAUCAAAUUUUUGUAGUGAUUUUUUAUGCAAUGUUUAAUAUGAAUUUAUUCUUAUUUUGCAGCAACUUUGCCAAUUAUAUAUGAUUUUUGAUGGACUAUUUUUUUAUUUUUUUUUUGUUUGUUAAUAAUGUACUUUACAAAAAAUCAUUCUCUGAAAAUGUUGGUUUCUAGCAUUUUAUGGUUCUGUAAAGUCACUCUAGACUCGUCAUAAAGAAAGUAAUGUACCCAAUGUUUUAACUUUUUUAAAAAACAAAAACAAGAUUAUAGAGAAAAGUUUUUGCUCUCACUUUUCUUGGGUGUUAUUAUUCUUUUAAAAUAUCCCUCAUUGCUACAACUGCAAAGUUAAUGUUUUGCAGAAAGUAGACUUUGUCUUAACAGAACUGAAAAGGACAUUUUUUUAUGAAACUAAAAAGAGAUCCAUACAAACACUUUAAGCAUUUUGUGACAUAGUUUUAAUAAAAAGUCAUAAGUGUAAUUUUUCAAAGCUAAAUCUGUGUCAUUGAAGUGGCUGUAGCCAUGUAUAAUGUAAUAUUCUAUUCACUGCUUGGGUUGAAAACUUGAUGUUUAUAACACACUAUGCUAUGAUGUGCACUCACAAUUAUACAGUGUCUUGUAAAAUUUACACUAGCUGGCCAGUCUGGACUGACAGUACAGAAUCUGCUUCACAAUCAAAUCUAUCACCCAUGUGGCUUAAAAUAAGAAUCCUUUCCAGUACAUCUGAUGAAUCAUUUAUUUCUUUUAAAAGUGUAAUUGUUUUCUUAAG